UCGAACACGCUGGAAAACAUGAAGAAACACGUCGCGGGAGUACCGACAGUUUAGAAUCGGCAGUCUCUGACAUUGACACGGCGUCGCGGGCCUCCGUUCUCCCCACGCGACGGGAUACCAGUAUGAUGAACCUGGAUGACGUCACAGCCGUUGCAUUAACGGAAAGCGCUCGCAAACUGGACACAGGCGAGGCAUCCUCAAUCCAGUUGAAGCCCCGGGCACCGGGGACUUUUCAGUUGAAGAGGACCUCUUCGGCGCCCGGUGCCGAUUAUAACUCGGUACCUGGCCCACGCACCACAAUGCCGGUCACACUCAGCGCAUUGCAGCGCUUUUUCUCAUUACCGAACCGGACGCCGCCCGCGAGGCAUGCCGUUAAAAGCCCAGAUUCGAGGCGCGGCCUGGCGGAUAGCCCCGAUUCCAACCGCAUUAAAGUAGACAUCCCGUCGCAACCGGCGCCAGCAGCGUCUGCAUGUCACGGGACCAAUAUCAAUAAAAUUAGUUCGGAAACUUCGGUUACGGGACAGUGCGUGGAGAAUGUGCGCCGACCUGACGAGCAGUAUGGCAAUAUAUCGUCGAAGUCGACGGAGAACACCGUGUCGGGAGGUGAAGUGGAAAUCAAAGAGAAUAAAUAUGUGGGAAUAACUGCAACAGCGGGCAUGGGAGUAGGGAAGGACCCUAUGGAAAGCAAUAAGCGCCGGACGAGCGUUCCUCUAGAUGUCGUGACAUUAAACGUUACCAUCAAAGCGGAUGACCAAGACCUAGAAAGACCACCAAGACCCGAUGUAGUGCCAAAGACGGAGAACCUAAUAAAGGACGACGGAAAUGCUUUACAUCAUUGUGCGCGACUGCCCAUGGACUACAUCGCAAUAGUCAACGAAAAUGAUGAAGCGGAAAAUCGAACAAGGCACCCAAUCCCCCAUAGCCAAAAAAGGUCAGAUUCUCACUUGACCUUUGACAAACAGGCGCAUAAUGAACAUGACCGACCCAGCGCGGAUGAACGCACAAUCGCCACCAACCAUAGUACGGUGGAAGUUGAUUUCUUUGCAAGGAAAGCUGCUUCUCUGCCACAAGAAACUAAAGCAAUAAAUUCUCAUCCUAUUUCAAAGGGUGAGAUGAUCACACAGUUGUAAAUCAAUCGUAUUCCGGUAGUCACUGUGGUUGCGAUGCAUGGAGUAAGACUGCGUAUGGAACUCAAUUUACAUAAAUGCGGUGGUUGAACAAGUUUUAUAAUGGCGAAGAGCACAGUGGGCGACAAAAUUCAUUUGACGCCGCGAAAAGGGAGACUCUUCCCAGAAUGCACGCGAACCAUCGGCUUGCUACAAUUUGGCAAGCUGAUACACCAAACUAAAAGCUAAACACUUGUACCAUGCACAUUUCCGAACAAAAACCCUCAAACGUUAUCUCAGAAAAAAGAGAAAAAAUGGCAAGAUUUUCGAUAAUGAACAAGUGGUCAUGGAUCAAAACUAAGACAUGUUUGAGCCAAGGACCUUGCCGGUAUAUACAUGACGUGUGGGAGUAGAAUCACACGCCGGGAUAUACGUACGGAUGCUGAAUGUCCGCCUUCCACCUGCAACAUAGCGGAUAAUCUAGUCAAUCUCUACUGUGAUUUGCUGUUCUCUUUACUAGCGGUGUAUGUGAUGUCAUAACGCGAAGUCUAUAUAAGUUUUGGUUGUCACUAAU